GCCCAUGAACUAAUGCUCGACGUGCAGAUCAAUAUUGGAGAUAUAUUAUACACGGAGUAUAGUCGAUCGUACUGUAAACGCACAGUAAACACGAACGUGUGUACGGAAUCUAUAAUAUAAUAUAAUAUACAAUACACGUAUGAAUAUACACAGUACAUGGUUGUAUGUAGUAGAUCUCGCUCGGCAUGUGCAGUUUAUCACGACAACAGCCUGCUUGUGCUACGACCGAAAUUCCCUUAGUCCACCAACGAAUUUCAUCGCUGUAAUAUUCGCGACUUGUGCUGAGGAAAAGCAGGAGUCACCCAACAUGGCGGACGUAAUAACCAAACUCAACCGUGACGACAAAAAAGCUUGGUUUAAGAUAGAAUGGUCGGAUGGGUACAACGCUCGGUUUCCGUACGUCUUUCUAUUCGACAACUGCCGGUGUCCGGAUUGCUUCCAUCCGGCUUCAUACCAGCGUUCCGUACUCAUGGCCAACAUUGACCCGGAUAUCCGACCGACCGGGCACGAGGUCGUACAGAACGGGGAGGUUAUCCAGGUCACGUGGCCUAAUGGUCACGUGAGCCCGUAUCCCGCAAAAUGGCUCAAAAUGCAUCAGUUCGGCAAGAAACCUUACGAUCCCUUGCAGUCACUGGGUGUCAAAUCCUGGGGCAAGGAGAAAUCUUCAGACAUCCCAACCUUCAAGUACAAAGACGUCAUGGAAGACAACAAGGCCCUCUACGGGUGGCUAGUCAAACUGCUUACAGAUGGCAUCACCUUAAUCAAGGAGACCCCAGGCGAAGAGGGCGUCGUAGCGAAGUUACACGAGCGGGUAUCAUGGACAAGAAAAACCAUCUACGGUGACAUCUUCGAUGUGAUAACAAUGUAUGAUGCCUGCAGUCUAGCGUACACCGCUAAGCAAUUGGGAUUGCAUGUCGAUUUGCCUGGUUUCUACAACACACCUGGGGUCCAGAUGCUACACUGUAUCAAGCAAGUUGAUUCUGAAGGCGGUGAUAACGAGUUCGUGGAUGGUCUUCGCGUGGCCGAACAGCUCGAGCAGGAGUACCCGAAGAUCCUCCAGACUUUAACCAGGAUGAAGGUAGACUUCAGGACCCUAGGCGCUGAGUAUGUUCCUUACCAUACCAUGACACAACGCCCUGUUAUUGAAUAUGACCAGGAUGGUGUCUUUCAGGGUAUCAACUACAAUGAUGGCGUGAGGGCGCCCUACUGGUCUCUACCUGUAGAGGAAAUCACGGAAGGCUACAGAGCUCUCAAGACGUUUCACCGAGCCAUGUACGAUGAGAGAAACUGCAUCUACUACAAAAUGGAAAAGGGGGACAUGGUAAUCUUUGACAAUCGUCGAGUUCUUCAUGGACGUCUUGGUUUCCAGAUCCGAGUCCAGGAAGGAGAAGAGAGUAAGAAGAGACACCUAGAAGGCGGAUACCUAGACUGGGAUGGCAUCAAAUCAAAGAUGCGGCUACUCCAUGAGGAGAUACAUGGAUUAGAACGGUUUUAAAGCCCUUCUGUACUAGUUUAACCAGGGGAGUUAGACCUCCCUGCAAGGUCACUGACAGGUGGUUAUCUCAUCAACCCAGCUC